AUGAGUUCAGGAGGGAGGGAUGAUGAAAAGACCACAAAGUUAGAAACCUUCAGUGGAGUCACCCAAGAGUACAAAAGAUGGCGUCGUAGGGCAGAGUUGCACCUGCUGGGAUUGCCGACGACAGUCGGAAAGACAAAGUGGGGGCCACGCCUGUUAGAGGCGCUGUCAGAGCUGCUGGAGUUCAUACCCAUCAAAGACAUCAUUGCAGAAGAUGGUUACGAACUGGUCUUCAAGACGUUGGAUGGUAAGUAUGCAGAGAGGGCUCAGGAUGAGUUGCAGCGUGCUCUCCGGGAGUUCUUCUACACGGUGGUGAUCAAGCCGGGCGAAGAGUUCAGAGCUUUCAUCGUUCGCUUGGAGACUUCCUACAGGCUGCUGGUUUCUCAUGAAGUGGAGUUGCCAGUGGAAGUGAGGGGAUGGUUUUUGCUGAAGAAGUUAUGCCUCGACCAAACCCAGGAAGCGAUGGUCCUGACUGCCACCCAGGUGAAGCUGGACUACAAGUCUGUGACUGACGCCAUCCGUGCUGUCUUUCCGCAUGGGAAAGGUCAGCCAUCCAAAUCCCGAGACAGUAAAGAUGUUUUUGAGGUUGACGAGGACGAGGGCAUGUCAUUUGAGACCAAGGGUGUGGAGAGCCAUGAUGAAGUGUUUGAGGUGUGGCAGGGCAUUGCAGAGCAGAUCCAAGAACAGGGAAGCGACUACGAUUCCGACAUCAAGCGCCGAGUGCAAGAUCGCAAGAUUGGCCGUGGGUAUCAGCCUUUGCCUGAGAAGUGGAAUAUCACUGGAAACAUCAAGGCUAAGAACUUGGAUGCUUUCAUCUUGGAAUAUGGUGCCAAGGAUGAAGAGAAGAAGCAGAUGCCCGAGUGUCCCAAAGAUCAGGAAAAAGUGGAGCCGUUCUGCCAAUACGUGACGAAGGUUCACAAGAAGUUCCGUCGCGCCCUUUAUGUUCCUGGUGGAGAUCUUGAACUGAAGGGCAGUGAGUUGACUGGAGCUAGGUGUACCCACGUCCAAUAUAUGAAUGGAUCCGAGACAGUCAUUUCGGACAACUUUCAUGAGCAAAAUGGUAGGAUGCUUUCCCAGAAGUGGAAGGGAACCACUUUUCUUGAAACUGUGAAUAGCCAGGCGAGCCAGGGAUCAGGUGCCCGCCAGGUGACCGCCAGGAAGCACCUGUUCUUAGACGAAGCCACCAUCGAUGCCUUUGAAGCACAUGUGUUGGGGGGCGGAGGGCCUGAUUUUGAAAGUUCUCCUACGGCCACAGCCUCUGUUUCAGACCACGCAGUGCCUGACACGGCUUGUCGCCGCACGCUGAUCGGGCAAUACACGCUGCACGACAUGGAACGACAUGUUCUCAGGCCACUGGCCCCGAACCUCAGUUAUUCCGGGUCCAACAUGAGCCCCUUGGCCAAGCGCCUGAUGGAGAGUCUCGGCACCGAGGACAAUGUGGACUUCAACAAGCUGGACAACUUGGAUGCUUGGAGCGACCAUCCCCACGAGGACGAGCCGUUGGAUUGUCCAGUCAGCGGCCUGACUCUCCUGACGGUGGGGAAGUACGGUCGCAAGCAGCAAGACCGCAUUCCGGUGUCAGAGAUCUACAUGAAAGACAAGGGCUAUGUGAAAUGGAUCCGCGAUCACAUCGAGGAGGGUCCCCAGACUUCCAAGUGCAUGAGGAAGAUGAGGUUGUAUGUGGAGAUGAGAGACAAUCAAAAGAAUCAGCGCAUCAUGAUGGCCAUGAAGAGCGAAGUUUCCGCCUCUGGAAGUCAGCAAGUGAUUGCUCCCAAGAUGAGUGCGGUGGCCAAGACAAAAGCUUUCUCGCCACUCUCUCGCGUCCGCAAGCAGCGAGACACCGACAUGGAGCUUGCAGAAUGGGAGCCCGUUGCGGAGGACAAUGGCCAGAAGUCAAUCGAGAGCAUCAGUCGCAAUCUCAUCCAGACCAUCCAGGAGAAUCCAAACCCUUCUCCAGCGAACCAGGAAUAUCCAGACGAGUUCUGCAGAGCAAUUUGUCGUGGACUUCAAGCGGAGAAAGACUCUCGUCUUCAAGCUCGAGCGGUUCACUGUGUUUUGGCAAUAGAGGACAUGGGGUUGUCAGGGUCUGAUAGUGAUAAACGUGUUGCGGCUGUGUUGAAGCGUUGUCAUGACAGCUUGGGUCAUCCGUCUCUUCCACGUUUCAUUGGCAUGUUGAAGGCUGCAAAGGCAACUGAGAGGUGCGUCAAGAUUGCACGCGGGUUGACAUGUACCACGUGCGAGGCCUUGAGUAGGCAGAAGAGUCACCGAGUUGCCAAGAUUGAGUGUGCCACUCAAUUUAAUCAAGUUGUUUGUUGUGACACGUUUGAGCUUGAACUCCCAUGGAAGAAAAUCAAGUGUUUGAACAUGGUGGAUGCAGCCACGCGGUACCAAAUGGUGGUCCCGCUGUGGAAAGGAGCCACAGCACAAGAAGUGAGGAAGCAGUACCGGCGUGCUUGGAUCCGGUGGGCUGGUCCUCCUGUUCGUGUUUGGACAGAUGGAGGGUCUGAAUUUGAGGGUUGUUUUACUGAGCUUCUUCAACAUGAUGGAUCACAUCAUGAGGUGUCAGCUGCUUUCAGUCCUUGGCAGAAUGGAGUAGCUGAACGUCGCGGUGGCAUGUGGAAGCUUGCGUUUCAAAAGUUGUUGCUUGAGCAUGUUCCGAGUAGCAAGGCCGAUGUUGAGGAAUUGUGCGAUCAUACAACUACUGCACACAACACCUUGGUGAGGAAGGACGGUUUCAGUCCCAGUCAGCAUGUACUUGGAACUGAUGUGCGAUUGCCAGGCUUGUUGUUGACAGGUGAUCAUGAUGAGGUAAUUGAUUCAGCUUUGCGGGCCGGAGAAAGGGGCUUUUUGAGAGAAGAGUUAAAAUUCGAGCAGAUGCCCGGAAAGCCUUCCUGGAGGUUGCUUCCUGAUCAUUUGCGCGUGAUUCGAAGUGCAGUUGCCGAAAGAGGAGCUGGAAACGUAGUGGUGUUGGAAGGGGGUGCGGUUCCACCACCCGAUGAGAGCCACGGUGAAGUACAUGAUCAACCCAUGAACCAACUUGAUGAAGUUGAGCAAGAGCGUCAGCAUCAACGAGAGGAAUGGGAAGACAUGUUUGGUGGUACAGUUGGUGUUGUCCGUGCCAGGGAUUUGACUGAGGAAGGGGAAGCCGAGGAACCGCCGCGUCAACGUCAGCGCGUGUCUGAGGCGGAAGAGCAGGUGAUCCCCGGAGGUCAAGAGGUGCAUGACCAACAUGAUCGUGAAGGCCAUGAACAUGUAGGUGAUUCAGGUCAGGCAGAGGGUAUUGCGGAGAUUUCUGAAGAUGAGGUCCCCAACCCUGAGGAAGGUGGGGAAAUGCAAAGACAUGUGACUGAAUUGGAGCCGCUUGCCGAGCCUGAGGUGUAUCCUCCUAGUAGCACUUACGGGCCUGUCAGGGAGUCACGUGCUGCCAGGGAAACCCGUCUUACUAGGGCCAUGCGUGAGAAUCUCAGUUUGCUUGAUCAUGGAAGACCUGCCAGACAUGUGCCUGGAAAUCAAGAACAUGGCAUGAUCGUAGAAGUCGAAGAUGACGUGUUUGUAGUGUCUGAAGCUGACGUCUUGGCAGUGGAGAAAAAGAAAGGGAGAAAAGAAGUUCUUGAGAGAGAGAUCCCUGAGGGUCAAAAGGCAUCUCUUGUUGAUGCAAAGCGCAAGGAAAAGUUCCCGUUUAAGCAUUGGCACACGAGGGGCGGCGAGUUUUUGGGCAAACAUGUUCAGCAACAUGAGGAUGGUAGGAUCACCAUUUCCCAAAAAGAGUAUAGCAUGUCUGUGUCGUGUCUUAAUGUUGGAAAAGAGCGGCGGAAACAAAAGGAUAGUUUUGUUACUGAGCAAGAAAAGACUCAAAUGAGGGCUUUGCUUGGUGAAGUCAACUGGAUUGCCAUGAACAGUCGUCCGGACCUAGCUGCUAGCUGUUCUCUGCUCCAACAGAAAACUUCCAACGCGAAAGUGGAAGACCUGAUCGAGUGUAAUCGCCUAGUUAGCUUAGUUAGGGACUUCGCCCAUGGCUGUGUGACUAUUCAUCCAAUUCCCCCUAGUGAACUGGAAUUUGCUGUGUGGAGCGAUGCUUCCUGGGCAAAUGCCACAGACAAGAAAAGCCAGGGUGGGUACUUGAUCAUGGCCGCUUCCUGCGAAUUGAGGAAGGGCAAUUGGUCCUUGACAUCUCCCCUUCGUUGGAAGAGUUAUCGUCAGGACCGGCAAGUGGCUUCUACUCUUGGUGCUGAGUUGUUGUCGGCGUCUAGGGCAAUUGCUGAGUGCAAGUGGGUCAGGUCGUUGUGGUGCGAAGCGGUGUUUGGUGCCUAUUCCAUUGAAUCUGACAAGGUUUUCUCCCCUCGAAUUCCUCUGUGUGUCCUCAUUGACUCAAAGCCAGUUUUCGACCACUGCAACAGUGAGGUUGUAACCAUCAAAGACAAGAGGUUAGCUAUAGAGAUGCUUCUCAUGAAGAAGGAAUUCCAGAAGGAGGGUCUUUUUCUUCGGUGGCAACCUACCUAUGCCAUGCUAGGGGACGUCCUCACCAAAUCCAAUGCCCCGAAGGAGCUGAUUCGAAACAUGGUGAUGAAUGGCAAGUUCAAAAUCUCAGAAGAUGCCACCAUCCGGAACUGGGCAGCAAAGACUACACGGACCAAGAAGCUGAAUGAUGAGAUGUGA